UUAGAAGAAGUUGGAGACGGUUGAAUCACAUCGGAGCCGAGCGGGAUGAGAAGUCACAUCUCUAGUAACCUCAGAGUUUGAAGAGUGUGUGUGUGUGCGUGUGACUCUGUGUGUGUCUGUGUGUGUGUGUGUGUGCGCGCGUGCGUUAGGAUGGGACUCCCCACUCUGGAGUUCAGUGACUCCUUCGUGGACAGUCCGGACUUCAGGGAGCGACUCAAGUGUCAUGAGAUCGAGCUGGAGCGGACCAACAAGUUCAUCAAGGACCUGAUCAAGGAUGGAAACAUGCUCAUCACCGCGCUCAAGAAUCUUUCUGUUGCCGUCCAGAAGUUCUCCCAGUCCCUGCAGGAGUUCCAGUUCGAGUGCAUUGGUGAUGCAGAGACAGACGACGAGGUGAACAUCGCACAGUCAUUCAAAGAGUUCUCGCAGCUGCUGAACACUGUUGAAGAAGAAAGACGACGCCUGAUUCAGAAUGCAGAUGAUGUUUUGAUUACGCCGCUGGAAAAAUUUCGGAAGGAGCAAAUUGGCGCAGCGAAGGAGGGGAAAAAGAAAUUCGAUAAGGAAACGGAGAAAUACUAUUCCACCCUGGAGAGGCACCUGGGCCUGUCGUCCAAGAAGAAGGAGGCGUAUCUGAACGAGGCCGACGCACAGAUCGACAAGGAGAGGCAACUCUUCUACGACGCGUCGCUCGAGUACGUCUUCAAAAUACAGGAAGUGCAGGAGAAGAAGAAGUUUGAGUUCGUGGAGCCGCUCCUGGCCUUUCUUCAGGGUCUGUUCACGUUCUACCACGAAGGAUACGAGCUGGCUCACGAGUUCGAGCCCUACAAGCAGCAGCUCCAGUUCAACCUGCAGAACACACGAAACAACUUUGUGAGCACCAAGCAGGAAGUGGAGAAGCUGAUGAAGAGGAUAAGGACCGCGGACCAGGACUACAAACCCCUGGGCCAGUGGGCGAUGGAGGGCUUCCUGUACGUCCAGGAGAAACGUCCUCUGGGAUGCACGUGGAACGGCCUCGUCCUGAGCCAGCCGGAGAUGUUCAAGCUCCGAUCCUGCAUCCGAAGGAAAACCGACUCCAUCGACAAGCGAUUCUGCUUCGACAUCGAAGUGGUGGAGAGAAAUGACAUCUGUCGUGGAACUCUUUUCAGACCGCUUCAGUUUUUCUAUAAAGUCCGGCAUGGCGUCAUGACCCUGCAGGCACCGUCAGAGGCCAACCGGAGAUCCUGGCUGGAGGCCAUGGAUGGCAAAGAGCCGAUUUACAACCUGCCGGCCAUUCUGAGCAAAAGAGAAGAGACGUUUCUUAACGAGGCGGGAUUUAACUUUGUGCGGAGAUGCAUUGACCUGGUGGAGACGAGAGGCAUAAACACACUGGGGCUGUACAGAAUCGGAGGGGUCAACUCCAAAGUCCAGAGGCUGAUGACUACAGUCUUUUCCUCCAAGGCACCUGCGGAUAUGGACCUGGACCCGGAGACGUGGGACAACAAAACCAUCACCAGCGGCCUGAAGAACUACCUCAGGUGUCUCUCCGAGCCGCUGAUGACCUUCAGGCUCCACAAGGACUUCCUCCUGGCUGUCAAGUCAGACGAUCAGAACUACCGGGUGUGUGCCGUCCACGCCCUGGUGCACAAGCUGCCCGAGAGGAACAAAGAGAUGCUGGAGCUGCUGUUGAAACAUCUCGUCACUGUUUCCACACAAAACCAGUGCAACCUGAUGACAGUGUCCAACCUGGGGGUCAUCUUCGGCCCCACCCUGAUGCGCUCACAGGAGGAGACUGUGGCCGCCAUGAUGAACAUCAAGUUCCAGAACAUCGUGGUGGAAAUACUCAUUGAGAACUUCAACAAAAUCUUCCACCAGCCUCCGGACCCCAACGUGCCCCUGCCCCAGCCACAGAGCCGGCCGGGCUCUCGCCGGAGCCGGGCCAUCUGCCUGACGACGGGGCCCCGGAAGCCCCGCAGCCUCUACACCCCGACACUUUGUCUGGCAGACGCAGAAAGUGACACUCUGAGCAGCAGUCCGGGCAGCACCCCCAUGGGCAGCAUGGAGUCCCUGUCCUCCCACUCCUCUGAGCAGAACGCCUCCUCCAAAACCGCCUCCUCCGCCCAGGUGAAGGAGAAGUCGCAGCCUGACCUCCGCCGGACGCCGUCGACGCUCUCCAUCGGCCCCAGGAGCGCCGCGGGGGUCAGCAGCCCCGAGUCCAGCUCCAGGGAGGACGCGGGGCGCACGGACGGGGAGUCGGAGGACGCCCUCAGCCUGUCCUCGGUCGGCACCGCGCCCUGGCUGUCUCCCGCACCCAAAAAGGCCCCACACGUCCGCACCGACCUGCGGCCGCCACUGCUGCCGAGCCGCUCGCCUGCUCCCUCCCUGAAAUCACUGCAUAUAACUGAAGGCCACAGGAGCUGCUCCGGAUCCGUCCAGAGUCUGUCAGCGCCGGAGCCCAGGGAGAGCCUGAAGCCUGCGGGGCACCCGGACCUGCCCCCCAAACAAGUCCUCCGCCGCCGGCUGGACACCUCCGUGGGCAACGGAUACCAACGACCUGGCUCAGUGGUUGCUGCAAGAGCACUGCUGUUUGAAAACAUCCCGUCCCAGUCAGUUCCAGUCGGAAGAGACGCCAAGGCGAUGUACUCCUGUGAGGCAGAGCACAGCCAUGAGCUCAGCUUCCCCCAGGGGGCGCACUUCACAAACGUUUAUCCCUCUGUUGAACCAGGCUGGCUCCAAGCAACAUACGAGGGGAGAACCGGUUUAAUCCCCGAGAAUUAUGUUGUCUUCCUCUAACAGGUGGUGAACGCUGCAUCUCUUUCCUGGUAUCCAUGGAAGAAAAAAAAAGAAAUACAAGAUGUGGUUGUUUGCUGCUCAUUAUCGUGUCGAGUUGCCAAUUAUCACUGGCAACCAACAUUUCUGCAUUUUAUGUAUUCUUCAAGUAGAGCAGUAAUUGUUUUAACAUGUGUGUGUGUGUGUGUGUGUCUUUGUUCAAGAGUGUGGUGUUUCAGUUUGAGGACAGGAUUUUUUGUUUUAUUUCACAUUUAGAUUGUGUAACUCUUGCACUCAAAUACAGCCGCUUGUGCUCAAACUGGGAUAUUUAAGAGUUAGGUAAAGAUAGUUGCUCUUCCCCUCGUGCUCGCGCUGCUUCUCAAAUGUCUGCUCUCGGAUUUCUCCUCAGUUUUUCUUUGUGCAACAAAUCCGUCAAAAAUUCUCCCAACCAAUAGAACUCAAGGUGCAGUUGCCUCGCUGGUACUGUUUGCAAAAAAACACACAGACGGUAACAAGAAGCAGCACGGCGUCUAUUGUGUUCUCAAAGCUGCUGUCAACAGUGUUCCCGUCACUAGUUAGUGAUCGGGAACACUGUGUGCAUGAAGUAACCACCCGAACGUACAAGACUCUAACAGAAGUAAAGCUAUAACACCCACAACGAGGGCGGGACAAUUGUGUUCUUUCCAUGAGCUGAAGCUGAAGUGCAGGGGCGAGCUGACCUGAGGUAGAAAAUAUCUGCACAUUUGAGCACAAGCGGGGCUGUUUGAGUGCAAGCUCAGUGUUUUGAUUGAAAUCAUUGCAAAAUCCGACCUUGACAUCAGUGAGUUCGGCUCUCGAACUGAAACACAACUUUGUAUUAACGGUCCUCAAAGUUCAAAGUUCAAAGUGUACCUCCAUUUUCUAUAACGCCUCCAUUGUGUGUUAAAUGCUAAGAAAAAAAAUGGAUGUAAAUGUUUGUAUAUGAAAUGAACCGUCGACUGCACUGAUGUUUUUUUUUUUUAUAGUCCCAGUUUUUAACCUUUAAAGAUUCACAAAAACAAUCACAACAUCAAUUUCACACGUUUUAUUCUCAGAAAUAUGUAAUAAUAAUAUAUCUUCAAACUUCCCAGUAAUAUCACCAUAAACUUUCAGCAAGAGCUUCAUGAAAAUCUGCACAGGCUCAUAAACAUUCGUCUGUAUUAACUGUAAUUCAACAAACUGUGAUUUUUUUAAAGUAAGGAUAUUAAUCUAGUCUAUGAGUAAAAACGAUAAUGGGGGGGGGGGGGUUUGCACCUUAACUCUCUUGUUUAUGGCCUGUGAUGGAUGUUUGACCACUGAACCUGCUCACUGCUGCCGUGCACUUUCUGGUUAGCUACACAGCACUGUACUGUACAUUGAAGCUCAUACGUUAACCUGUAGUCGCUAAUCAAACGAUAUUUACCUUCUGUAGCUGUUUAUUCAUAUAAAUUAUCACGUCAAAUAUAAAAAAAAAGUGUUUUUAUAACAUCACGAAUGCUUCUUUCAUGAGGUGGAACCUUCAGCUCAUGCUGAUGCUUGUUGUGGUACUUUUUACUCGCUAGUACACUGGUGUACUAGCAAUGACAAUGUAUUCGAUUGUGUAUCCAUAUUUAAUUUUUCUGCCACUGUCGAAACCUUUCCAAAGUAGAAAGUUAUCUAAAAAGUUAAAAAUAACAACAAUAAAUCCUUUUACUUCUUCAUUUACAAACUGUUGCUCCAAAAAUAAACUUCCUCUGGAGGCCAUAAAUGUAUUUCUGAAGUUAUUUGAGAAUCUCACACUUGCCAAGAUCCUGGUGUUCUUUUCUAUUUGCACCUUUUAAGAAAGCAAAGUGACCUUUAAGGGUCACGAGGGAACGACACUCCCCGACCGUCUGAGUUCAGACCACGAAAAUGACGUCAGUUUCCUGUCUAAGUAAUCACCUGGCAUCUUUGUUUUGAUUUCUUUUCUAUACUGGCAGGCUUGUUCCCCUUGGAAUCAUCCACUGUGUCUUCACGGUGCAUGAACAUGUCUAUAAAUAAAUAGCGUGAUUCAUUACA